GUCAGCUCAAUGCCACAAUGCUCAACACUGAAUGCGGGGCACUCCAGCAUGCACCCCACCUCACACCACAACUGACGCGAGUUGAUCGCCUGAGCUUCAGUGACGGAGGUAUUAACAAACCGAGCAGGAAACUAACCUACCUAUCACCAUGAGUUCCGAAGCAAGGCUAUACACCUUCUCGCAAGAGACCAAAGACCACCUGCGCAAGUUCCGGUUAGGGACAUCGCGGGCUAGCGACCCCCAGGCCGUCAUCUACAUGAUCGAUAAGCAAACCAAGGAAAUCCGUCAAGAUGAAGACCAGGUAGUCUACAAGUCGCUCGACGAGCUCGCCGAAGACCUGCCAGACCACGCGCCGCGGUUCGUCCUGCUGAGCUAUCCGCUGACGCUGCCCUCCGGCCGACUCUCGGUCCCCUACAUCAUGCUCUACUACCUGCCGACGACCUGCAACAGCGAGCUGCGCAUGCUAUACGCCGGGGCCAAGGAGCUCAUGCGGAACACGAGCGAGGUGACGCGGAUUCUAGAUCUGGAGAGCGCUGAGGAGUUGGAGGAGGUUCCCGACAAGUUGGCAUCUCUUUAGGGUUGCGGUAGGGAAACAAUGGGGCAGGGGCGGGAGUAACGCUACAGGAUGGCUGGCAUUACG